UGAAAGGAUCGAAGGCACACACUCCUGUGAUCUCAUCGCACGUAACGGGUAGUGAAUCCUCUCAGAAUCUCAUUUGAGUUAUAGCAGACACAGAGGAGAAACACUGACUUGCGUGACCACAUUUGAAAGUACAAAACUGGGCCGAGACAACCCCCGGAAACACAAGCACAAUUUCUUGAGGAACUGUUACUCUUGCUCUUAAGACCUAUCAAGUUAGGGAUCAGCUGCAGCUGAAGGUUCAAUGCAGAGGGCUGGGAGUGAGGAGGGUGAGGGGCUGGAGGGAGGGCCCAGGGUGGACGAGAGAGAGGCCAGGCCACAGGAAGGGCCGGAUGAAGCAGCAGAGGGCCCACUCCCACCUGAGGAUGAGACAGAUGAUGACUCGGCCCCUCAGCCCCACCUCGCUCUUAGUGGUGCAGAUGAAAACUCCCCCGUGGCCACAGAUUCUGUGCAAGACAAUGCUGCUCAGGUGCAGGUGACUUUUGACCUGUCAAACAUGGGCACAUCAGAGGACGUGGAGGACCAGGAGCUGCCGGAGGAUGAGGACGGGGAGGAGUUAAUUCUUCUUGAUCCUGAACAUCCCCUGGUCAGAGAGGAACAAGCUGCUCUGAACAAUCGGCUGAGGAAGCAGCUGGAGAGGCUCGAUCUGCAAUUACAGGAAAAGCUGGCAGAGGAGAAAGCGGAUACCAGGCUCACACUGGAGAUGGGUUUUGAGAUGUCCGUGAUUCAGGAGCAGCUGGCCAGGCUCCACACCAGGCUGGAGGACCAUCAUCAGACCAAGGCACAGGCUGAAGCCAAAUGUCGACAGGCACAGGAUCAGCUGGAGGAAGUGAAGGGCCACCAUUCCAGUACUCUCGACAAGCACAGCAAAGCCACAGCCAGUGUGUCCCAGCUACAGGUGGAACUUGAUAAACUGAUUCUGCACCUCGACUUGACGCAGGGCGUCAGUGAUGAUCUACGUUCCAAUGUCAAAGCCAUGAAGAAUGCCAGGUGCAAAGCGGGAACUGAGAAGAGCCAGGCCGAAAAGCAGAAAUUGAAGCAGGAUUUGUAUGUGGAGCGACUCAUGAAGGACUUAGAGAGGCUGACUCAGCAGAUAGCCAUGUAUGAGGCCCAGACCAGUGCUCAAGCAGAGGAGACACAGGCAGCCAAACAGGCCCACUCUGAGGCUGAGAUGGAAAUGGAGUCCCUGGUGAUGGUGCGUAGACAGCUGCUGCAGCAGUGGAACAGCAGCCUGGUGGGCAUGAGGAGAAGAGAUGAGGCCUUCUGUGCAUUGCAGGAGGCCGUGCGCACGAAAGAGCACCAGGUGAUCCUACUGGACAGGGAGAUCGAAGGCUACAAGAAAUCCACCACUGAAGAGCAGGAGAGGAAUGAGACACUGACCUUGCAGCUGAACCGGUUCCAGAUGGACGCAGCCACAUCCAAAACGCUGAUCAGUCAGAAGCAGGCACAGUACGAGGCUCUGCAGGCCCACUACAGCACCUCCCUCCGCAUUCUGAGGGAGACGGAGAAUACUCUCGUCAGGCUCACGAAAGAAAGCAACAGCCACCAGGCUGUAGCAAAUGAUCAGAGGAGGCAGUUGGAGAAGGAGAGUACUGUGCGUCUGGAGCUGGAGGACAAGAUCCUGGCCCACAUGCAGGAGAAGCUGACCCACCACAAGGCUGCCAAGUACUCCCAACGGCUCACCAGCAAGACAGCUGCACUCAAGAAGGAAAAGAUCUCUCAGUUGUGGCAGCUGGAGAACGAGUUGGUGGCAGUGGGACUGGAGAGCAGCGAGGUCAGCCAGCACCUGGAGAGCCUGGCCCUCACCCAGGAAGCCCUAGACGAGGAGAUCGCCAAGCUCAACAAGUUGCUCACGUCCAACCAGGCUAAGAUUUCUUCCUUCAUCAUACUCAUCGAGCAGAAGCAGGCCACAAUCGCCAGCUACAACAGGAAGAUCAGCGAAAUUGCGGCCAGCACUGGGCAUGAAGACCUGAGUCCCAUGCAAAUCAAAGUGGAGGCUUUGAUGGCUCAGAUUGAGGAGAUGGCUGUGAACAUCAAGAGUGACCAGCAGCUCUGGAUGAAACGGCAGGGGACUCUCGUGGGACUGACCCAGGACAUCCAGGCCGACAGAAAGAACAUGCUCAAACUGCAGAAAGAGUACACCGUCAUGCAGCAGAAGAAAAUACGAUUGGAGAGUCAGAUCGAGGCAGAGCACCAGGAGCUGACAGAGCUGGGGAAGAACGUGAAGAUGCUGGGGGGAGACUUGGUCCAGCUCAACACGCUGGUUAGCAAGAAGGGGCAGCUCAGCCAGGCACUGGAGCAGGACAAUGUGCUGAUGGAGAAAGAUUUCCUCCAAAGACUUAAGGAGGCAGAGCGGGAGUCAAUUGAGAUGCAGAUGAAGCAGGAGAAGAUCCAGGAGGAAAAAGAGCGACUCCUCAACAGUCUGGUGGAAGCCGAGCAGCAGAUCAUGCUGUGGGAGAAGAAGAUCCAGCUCGCAAAAGAGACUCAUUCAACAGUGGACUCUGAGGUGGUCAAGGGAGAAAUCCAGUUGAUGAAGAAGGAGAUACACCGCAUGGAGGUGCGACUGGACCAGUUGCAGAAGCAGCAGCGGGAGCUUCAGAGGGAGGGUGUAGCAGCGGUGGAGAGGUGGGACAACAUCAAUCUCCGCCGGGAGGCCAUGGUCCACAACAGCUCCCACAAACAGCAGGCCAUGAAGGGUGAGCUGAGCCGCAUCGCGCAGGGCCUGAGGCGCAAGAUCAAGGACACAAACAGGAAUGUGUCGGAUUGUGGGCAGGAGAUCGUGGAGCUACAGGAGAGCCAGGAGAAUCUGGCUGAAAGGCUUACACGGCAGAAGCAGCAGCUGGAAAGACUGUGCGACACCAGCUACACGCUUGAGCGUGACUACGUAAAUCUCCAGGAUACCAGAGACAGGAACUUAGCCCACCUACUGUCACUCCAGAGCCGGGCGAAAAAGCUGCAGGGUGCUUGUGGGGGCAGCUACCAGGCCACAUCCACCAGCGAAAGAAUCGAUGCCGCUCUGCAACGCCAGACUGAGCGCAUCCAUGCUAUCAGCACCAUUGUGCACAGUGUCUGUGCGAAGUUCCCCCAGCACCAGGGGCCACUCCGCAGGCUGUCACUAGCGCUGGCAGCUCGCACGCAGGCCCUGGAUCAGGACGAGUCCGGACCCUGAGGGGAGAACGAAGACGCGGCAGUGAGUGCAGGAGAGGAAAUGCAAAGGAGGGAAAGAAAAUGGAGAUUGGAAUGAGAGAGCGACAUUAGACAGGUGACGACUUGUGAGGAACAAGAGGUUAUUAAAUGUAGUCUUUGCAUGCUGUUUUUUGAAUGAUAUAACCGAUUAUGAAACAAUAUAAUGGAAUAAACACAGAAACAACUAUG